AUGACAAUGAAAGGCGACGGUAUGGUGAUAGCCUACCCGUUCAGGUGGUCUUGGGGCCCAUCCGAGGAUAUUUUGUAUCUGGAAUGGAUCCGACGAUGUUGGCACCCUGCUGCGAGCCCCGCGCAACCUAAUGGCAACUCGGGGAUUGCCCCCAACCCCCUCCCGGGCACUGACGUCCCUCUGGAGCUACGGGUCCACCAUCACCAGCAGCAGGCGGCGCACCGGUUCCUCACAGGAGACGCCCUGCAGCGAAUGACAGAACGAUUCAUGUCAUUCCUGAGCGAAGAGAUCGACGGGGACAACAGGAUCAGGACGUACACCGAGGUGCUCCGCAUGCGCAUUGCCUGGAUGUUGAACCGUACACCCACGCAGGUCGACGUCUGCACGAACGUCGCCGCCUGUGACCCAGGAGCCUGGGGCCCUGAACGCACGCAAAAUGGAAAGUACCCUCUCGACCAGUUCUGGGCGGAGCGAUUCUUGGUCAGGGGAGAUGAGAAGACCGGUCCUAAAUAUUCUCUCGAUGGACUGUCUGGCGGGUUCAUCGCAUACGGCGGAGGCCCAUAUAUGUGUCCUGGGAGGCAUUUUGCUAAACAAGAGAUCAGGGGCAGCGUGGCAGUCUUCAAGGCGUAUUACGAGCUGGAGAUCGUGGACCGGCCCCGAGGAUGGCUCCCCAAAGUGAACAGGAAUUUUAUGGCGUUAGGGCCAUGCCUCCUGGCGAACCGAUUCCCUUUCGCAUUCGGCGAAAGGGUGCAUUCUAAGUAG